AUUUUUUUCUAUCUCUUGAAAUAAAGGGUGUUUCCAUAAGGAAGUUUCCAAAUUGGCCCACCCUGUACAGUGCCAAGAUUGCGCAGCUUCAGUAGCAGGUGGAUGUAAACAUGCGAUAGCUUUUUUAAUGUGGAUACAUAGACGCAGUGAAGAACCUGCCUGCACAGAUGUUACAUGUUAUUGAAGGAAAUCUACUUUGACCAAAGUUGGUACGGACUUAAAAUAUAUGAUGGCUAAGGAUUUUGGAAGACCAAGAGACGCAGUGGAAAAUGUUAAGUCACAAUUUGUUGCCAAAUUUGUUGAAGAAGCUAAACAUCACAAUGUAUCUUCCCAAUUAUUAAAACAUAUUGAGGGGGCUCGCAACUCUCCUGUGACUCUUGAAGAAAUGUCCUUGCAUCAGUUAUUGUACGGCUUUGCAGAGAUGGGGGGCUCAGAUUGCGAAUUAUUUGUAGACUUUUGUAAACAACGAAUGACAGACGUAAUACUAAAAGAAGUGGAAAGUGCUACUAGGACGCAGUGUAAAAGCGAAUUUUGGUACGAAAUGCGAUUUGGUUAUCCUCCAAGGCACACGCCGUGAGUCGGUGUAAAACGGCUGAUGGUACAUAAGUGGAAUGAGCUUUCACCCCAAUGUAACGCGCAGGUUCAGCUACAAAUGCUUGUAACCGGGAAAAGUAAAGGAGUGUUUUGUGUUGCUGACCCCGCCUUUGAGACAACAAAAAAGAUCACUAUUAUUAGGGUGAAUUUUG